CACUCCCACAGAAGCCAAGAGGCGAAAUUCCUCGAAGCCCUUUCGCUGCACGUGCCACGAGACCCUGCCAAAUCACGUGACGGAAGUGUCGUCUGCUAGUGUUUUGAUCACUGGCGCGAAUCUAAGAAUGGCAAAGUACGGAAGCAUCGGACCGUAGGAGAAUUGAGGGAGAUCAGCCGACGCUAGGAUGAAUACUACACUCUGGAGAAGCUGUGUAUGAGAGAAUUCGUGGAAGUUUGAGAUCGGCAGUGGAAACGCAUAACCAGAUCGCGCGCCACAGACGAGAGGAACGGAUUGAGUUACAGCCAAGUUGGGUUGUCAGCGUGAUACUGUGUUUGUGUGGCUACUUGUUGUGUUCGCGUUCACGGACCAGUCAGCUAUGAUGGACUUAAGGACAUCAUGGGCAAAAAGAACAGCAAGCUAAAGCCGGAGGAGAUUGAGGAGCUUAAACGGACAACCUAUUUUUCUGAAGGAGAAAUCAGGCAAUGGUACAAAGGUUUUAUGAAAGAUUGUCCUGAUGGAAAGCUCACCCUUGAGGGUUUUACCAAGAUAUACCAACAGUUCUUUCCAUGUGGGGAUCCCAGCAAGUUUGCAUCCUUUGUGUUUAAUGUUUUUGAUGAAAACAAGGAUGGUUACAUAGAGUUCCACGAGUUCCUGCAGGCGCUGUCUGUAACGUCCAGAGGCAAUGUAGAGGAGAAACUGAAAUGGGCCUUUCGGUUGUAUGACCUCGACGCAGAUGGCUUCAUCACCCGGACGGAGCUGCUUGACAUCGUAGAUGCUAUCUACAAGAUGGUGGGGGGAAUGGUCAAGCUUCCAGAAGAAGAGAAUACACCAGAGAAGAGAGUCAACCGGAUAUUCGAGGUCAUGGAUAAGAAUAGAGACAAUCGGUUGACAUUUGACGAAUUCCUUGAAGGAUCCAAAGAAGAUCCCACAAUAGUGCAGGCACUGACUUUAUGUGAUGCUGGUCGAGGAUGAUACAGAUGGGGCUCCUGA